GUGGGAGGAAGGAAGGCUCACAAGGCAGACGCUUUGGAACGGGCAGGUCCAGCAGCCCCCAGCAAUGCCCCUGCCCUGUGCCUGAGGACGGCAUGGAGCUGACAGUCCUCCUCCUGUUGCUGCUCUGCUGCCCAGGUCUCCCAGCUCAGACACCUGAAGCUGAAAUGAGCCAACGGGAAGGAAGCACGUUCUAUUUCCAGUGUCCUUACUCAAUGCAUCUUGAUGACAAGCAACAGAAAGCCUGGUACUGUGUGAGAAACGGACAGCGUGAGCUCGUAGUGCUGACUCUUGAAUCAGAAAUGCACAGAUACUCAGACAGGGCCAAGCAGGGCUACAUUACAAUACAGGAUCACAACAGGACCGUGUACAUCACCAUGUUUGACCUCCAGGUGGAGGACUCAGGCACAUAUUCCUGUACGUAUGGCAGCAGCAAUGUUCCCCUAAGGACCAUCUCGCUGAAUGUUUACAAGGAGUUACACAAGUGGGAGCUGGACAGUCUCUCCGUGCAGUGCCCAUACAGGGCCCUGGGAUACAGCUGGGGAAGAAAAGUCUGGUGCCGACUGCAAAGACAGGCUGAGUGUUCACUAAUAGUGAGCAUAGAUUACUGGGACAGCAGUAGAGCCCGGAACAAAAGCACUGUAAUCCAAGAUGAUAACCAGAGAGGGACUGCUACCAUCACCAUGGGCAAGCUGCAGGCACAGGACUCUGGUGUGUACUGGUGCGCACAGUACAACUCCUAUCAACACCCUACAGUCACCAGGAUGAUGGAAGUCAAGCUCUUUGUGCACAAGAUACCAGCUGCCACAACUCUGUCAGUUACUACAAGCUCAAGUCACAAAUUCUCUUCUGGCAGCAGCACACAACCACGGAAAACCAUCAUAAUCUCAGUGGUUCUGUGUAUCCUGCUCAUCCUGGCACUGGCCGUCGCAACAGCACUGUGCAUCAGGCAGCGCAAGAAGCUGAAGGCAGGAGGUAACGAACAAGCAGAGCACACCUAUGACAAACCAGAGAACCCAGUACAGCUUGAGAGCACUGAAAGAAUGGAAAGAGCCACAGAUGACAACAGAGACCUAAAUUACAUUACCCUGGACUUUAAACCCCAACCCAGCUCUGAUGAACCUCUGUACUGUAACGUUGAACCGAGUCAGGCCCCCAGGACACCCAGAGAUGAAAACGUGGAAUAUGCUCUCAUUGCACUCAAGCAGUUACCGGAGAAUGACAAAGGAUGAAGCACAGGAUCCUAAAACAAUCCAGACAUGGGAGAACUGCAAUAAUGUGGGAAUGGAGGACUGUACAUGGACACUGGGGAAAGAAUUAAGGUUUUGUUGCCACAUGUACGUUGCCUGUGCACUUUAAGACCUCCCUCCUAUUAGAAAUCUGUCACAGCUGUGCAGAUCCUUUUAGGUCAGAGCGGUGCUGGGUGACUCAGGAUCAGCUGCAUGUUUGCUCUUUUGAUUCUAUUAAAAUUCAGCCUCUCUGGGAGAGGCAGGUGUGGAGAACA